AUGUCGCUACGGGCUGGCGGCAGCGCCCUCAGGCUCGGCGUUAGAGCUGCGGGCGCUGGCCGCCCUAAUUCUCGACAUGCGAUCGGAUGGCAUCGGACCUUCUCCUUCAUACGGAGCUUAUUCGAGCCAGAGACGCAAAUAGACAAGACUCCGGCGGCUGUGUCGCUGUUCGACAAGGAGACGGCCUUUCAUGACUUCCAGUCCAACUUGAAUGCGUUGCUUUCAAGAGAUGACGCUCGAUUCGAUGAGUACGUUGCCUUCCUCAAGGAAUCAAAGUACCCUCUGGAGUCCAACGAUCCAUCUUUCGAAAAGUAUAGCACGGGGAAUCUUGUUCGAUUACUCGACGCCAUGACCUUCCUCUCCCAUUGCGGACAUGCUGAUACCCACCUCAAGAUGGUUGAUUUGGUUACUCGCGAGAUUGCGUCGAGGCAGCUGCUGACGGAAGACGGUUCAGGGGUGGACACAUUGAUCAAUUGCGCCAAAUGUUUGUCACGGAACGUACGAGUCACCGGGGCCACAAGGUUGAUGAACCACAUUAACCGUGAAGUGAGGACCCAUGCGCCGAUGUUACUGCAAGCGGGCUGUUUUGUCAAUGUUAUAAGUGCGCUUUCUCAUAUUGUGCAUCCGUCAGUCAUAGGCAUGCUUGUUCACACAUGCUGCGUUCGGUCCGACGACCUCUUGCCGAAUGACCUAUCUCUGAUGCCAAUGCUGCUCCGGAAUUUUAAAAUUGCCAAUUCGAGGUUAAUAAUGCCACUAUUGGAGCGCGUAAGCAAUGGUCCGAUGACAUGUUUCGAUUCAGCCAGCCAAUUGCGCCGAUUUUUUCAAGAUGUGGCAUCCAUGGAAUACAUGGAAAACAGCGACGGAAUGCUGCUCGAGAAGCCGAUUAACAGGCUGGUUGCCAUGUUAAUGUCGAAUGUGGAUCGAUACUCCACGAGUGAGUGCGUCUUUCUCAUUUCUAGCCUUCCCAAAAGUAAACAUUUACCCCCGGAGGCAAAAGACAUCUACGGUACAUUGCUACGACGGGUGUUGAUGAACAUUGGCAUAUUGGUUGAUACCAACGGUGUGGUACAAGUGAACGGUGAUAUCGCAAAUGUAUUAAAAUCAAUAACGGAAUACCAAUUGCCGGGAGUCGUUGAUGCUGUGUGCCGGCAUGAUCCGUUCUACCCAGAUAUGAAAUCGGAAGCAUCCGACACUAUUACGUGGAUUCUCACAGCAGGGGAGAAGGGUGGUAUCGCAAUGGAAAACAAGCUAGGCAAACUCCUGAAUGCUUUGGCAGAGGAAGUAUGUAGACGAAGGAACGAGCCCGUGCCACCACGAGGUGCCCAAGAUAAAUCUGCGUCGUCCGAUUAUCAACAUCUGACUAAUGUUACCGAAGAGAUAGUAUUGCUUAGGUUAGUCGACCGGCUAGUUACGGCGGAUCAGCCUGGUUCACUUAAGGAUACUCACGAGCGGCUAUUGAAGACUAUCGCAUCCCAAAUCAAUUCACAAAUGCAGAGGCAACAUGAAACCUUAUAUUCACUCACAAAUGAAGUUUCAAAAUGUCAUCCUUUGGUACAGUGGGCGCUUAUUAAGCCCGUAUUCACAGCACUCAUGCGAGAGACCGGCAACACGAAGGAAUGGCUAACAGCCAGCAGCAGCGCAUUCAAAAUGCUGUAUAACUGGGAUCUAAAGCAGUCUCAUAAAGGCGAUUCACAUGACGCAGACUCUGCCGACUCCAAAUUUGUCAACCAGGUUGUCUCCCACUACGUCGACGCAUUGGUGGGUAGCAAAUUGGAUCGCACAAAUUCCGUUGUCGCAUUUGAAAUUUUAUCGCAAGUCUAUUUGCUGCUGAAAUCGGGGAAAUGUGGACUAGUUGAUGGCAAAUGUGAUGAUCUGCUCCCAAGGGUGUCAAAGAGGCUAUUACAAUUCCUGAAGCGCCCAGGUGAGACUUUGUCGGGAAAAGCUGUACGUAAGUUGGCACAACUGACAGCGGGAGACGAAGUGGGUGAUUAUAUACAUGAACUUAUGGCAGCGUGGGCGAAUGAUAGCGGCGAACAGAAACCAAGGGGGAUAAAUCUGAAUAUCGCCGUAGAGUAUGUGAUUGCCAGUAACAUAGCAAUGCUGGAUACCGCAGAAAUGGCCGAAAACGCGGUGGAUCGCAUUUGCAAAGUUGCCGAACUGGCAGCAGAGCGUCUUGGUGAUUUAGAAACAAGUAUAGACACGAAGUUCGCGCGUAACAACUAUGCUCAGCAGGGGGAGCGGCAGGCCAAUACGUACGUCUGGGAACCCUCCAUAGGUCUAAAGUCGCUGUUUAAUAAGCCUAUUGAGCCGCUGGACAUGUUCCUCGUCGACACCAUGAAGGGGUUGGAGAAAUACGUGCCAGCGGAAAGGUACACCGGGAUAGACAACUACGCAGGCGGCAUCAUAUCACUGCACCAGCUGAAGAGGCGCCUUCAAAAGCUACAGGGUCGAAUUAGCGAACUAGAACUCCGAAUCACAGUGCUGUUGAAGGUUGAAGAGGAGCCGUCGGCAGCGAACAUGGAGCAACUGUUAUCUUCGUUGAACAAACUAUCCUCAGGCGUAAACAGAUGCGUUUUGGCCGUUGCCAUAGCCGAACCUGCCUGGCCCGAUACUUAUCUUCCUAGAAAACAUACAAGAAGUCUAGUGGAUUCUGCUUUGAAACGCUUUGUGCCGGGGUGA